CUUUUUAACCAAAUUUCGGAAGUGAUUUGACCAACAAAACAUUUUCUCCCAAUUUUAAACCCAUAAAAUAAUCUUUUUGGACUUUAAACUAUCGAUAGAUUGUAUUUUUUAGUGCCAUAGAUUCCAUUAACUAUGAAGGAACGUCGCCAUAACAAUCAAUUUUCUUCUUUGGAUGAUGGCGAAACUGUGAGACCUUUUGCUUCUGGAUCUCGACAAGCACCAGAUCCAUUCGAUUUUUACCUUGACGAGAAUGGAUUUUACAGAAAACACACUGCUCGCGAUAGUUCGUGCUUGUUUCGCGUAAUUUCCGAGCAGGUAUACGGAAUUCAGAACUAUCAUGAGCGCGUAAGAGCUGAGCUCGUUGACUACAUGCGAAAGAAUCCGCGACUAUUUGAACGUUAUAUCAAGGAACUCGGACAAGACUUUGACAACUAUCUCAUGGAUAUGUCGAAACCAAAGGGACAUGGAGGGCGACAAGAGCUACGUGCGGCAGGUUUGCUCUACAAAGCAAAUGUAAUCGUUUUUGAGCCUUAUAUGCGUGGAAAAUAUCUUGUAAAGCACCGCAAGAACUUUACGCGAAUGAUUCGCGUAUUUUUUACGGCUCCGUGUCACUACGAUUCGGUUUACACGAAAAACUACAUAGAAAAAGCGGCGUUUUGUCAGGCUGUCGUCUACGAAAUCCUGUACGAGCGAGUAUUUAAGCUGCCCGAUGUGAAAUAUGCCAUUGAACGAAUGCUAUAUGAUCAAGAAGGAAAAACUGUGGAAGAUGACGAGCAUAAGGCAACGACGCAAGACGGCAGAGAGUUUAUUUUCGACAAAGCUGACAACACAAAUUGCGUGCUCGGCGAUUACAAAUUGUGUCAUUUUCACAAUGAAGCAGGCUUCAGUGCGGAGAUCGAGAAAGUCAAGGCAAAAGAAGAAGAAAGAAGCUUGGCAAUGAAGGAGGAAAUGAUGCCAAGAAUCUUUCCAACAGACUAUUUCCUCUACGAAUCAAAAAUAUCCUGCGUGCGACAACUCUUGAAUGCGUCCAUUGCUCCCUUCCCAUACAAAGUUGCAAAGGCUUUGGAUACCAGCAUUUACCGCAACAUCGAAUUUGACUCAUGGGCAGAUUGGAGACGCGAAGUAAAGGUCAAAAAUUGGUAUUAUCGCGGAAGUCAAUUAAUGGUUGGCUGCAAAUGCUUCCUUCGACGAUUUGAUGCAAAUGGUGAAUUUUACAACAUUUGCGUAAUUAAGGACAUUUCCAAGGACAAACGAGACUGUUUGGUCUUUAUCGAAGACACGGGCGAAUCGAAAUUUGUGCCGUACGCCAGUUUGAAACCUCUUUAUACAAAAUUCGAAGAAUCAUACCACAACGUGCACAAUCUUUCCGCAUCACGUCAGUAUUUCGCAACGUCAACGACGACGAAAAGUCACACGCAUCAACUGAGCAUCAAGUCGUACAAGCAUCAGGAGACGACGUUCAAGUGCGAUAUCGAAAUUGACCAAAUUGGCAACAACUUUCAACCAUACGUGCCAGAAAUUAUCGCAAUGCCGAUGAUUCCGAAGAAUAGUAUCUCGUCUGCAAACGACAAACCAUAUGUCGUUUUGUCGGGGCUGCCUAAGAAGGAGAAAUCCACGGAAACGAACAUCACAUUUUUGCAGGAAACCGACAGCCUGAACGAUGUCAACGAUCUGCAAAAGAUCUUGCAAAACAACAACAAUCACAAUUUCGUAACCCCCAUGCGGAAAGAUGAUUCACCAAAACAACCUGAAAACUUGACUUUGGCAGAAACCAAAAUCAACUAUAACGCAACGAAAAGUGAGAAAAUUGAUGGUUCCGAUUUGCCAACUGACAUCGCCACACUUCGUUUCUUUUACAACACCGGCAUCGAAUCGUUCAAAAGCUCCAAAGCAGUUGGGCACAUUGCAUUACAAUUUUCGAACCUUACUACCGAGACAACAAGCAAUAGACCCUCGCCAAUUACUCCGCUGUGUGUUUCUGAAAUGACCAAAACUUUCGAGAAACACUUGAAAACUGAUGAUAAUAACAAUACUCCCGCCAAUGUUGCGACGCCUCUCACAGCUAAUAACUCGAGCUCCUAUCAAGGCAACAACAAUGAGUAUCACAAUCGUCGCAAUAUUAAACGUCGUUCAUUCCAUAACAAUUCAAAUCGCGGAUAUCACGCCAACAACAAUGGCGGAAACAACAACGCUUAUCACGGAAAUGGAGGAAACAAUUAUCGCAACAAUCUCAGUUAUCAUAACAGUCAACGUCAUGGCGCUAACAACAACUACCAUCACUCGGAUUAUCGUCAUCAGGAUUCCUUUAAAGGCGCAACUACACCGACUUCCGUUAUUAGUCAACAUUCGUCGAUCAUCAAUCCAGAUCCGGGCCUUGUAACGGACAAUAGUCAGAACAACGGAUCAACUUCGGAGUAUGUAAAUACGCAACAAAAUUCGGUAAUUGAAUACUCGAACAAUGCUGUAAACGUUGGAAAUGCUGUUUCACAGCAGCAACAACAACAGCAAAAUCCACAGCAGAUGCAAACGCCUCAAUAUCCGCAGUACGUAGCAAAUGUUUAUCAACCCCAAGAGUAUGAUCAGAAUAAUUGGUAUUCAACAAACGUUCAAACUCCAUACUAUUAUCCGCCGCAAGCGAACACUGUUCCUCCAACUCCGCAUUUGAUGAUUCCCGCUCCUGCAGAUAUGAAUUACUCGUACAUGUACAAUCCGAAUUCGGCCCCCGUUGAGAGUGUAACAACGCCCAUGGUUGAAUCUGUUUAUCCUUCAUACGUUCAUCCAUAUUAUUUGGGUGCUCCUGUUCAAGCACCUCCGAUGAGCUACUUCACAUAUUAUCCGCCGACUCCAAUGGGAUACAGCAGUGGACCUGCUCCUGCAACGUCGCCUCAAGUUGCUACUCCAUUGGCUCCUAUUAUGUCGAACAUGAGCAACAUUCAAUAAGAGAAUUUGCGAUCCUUAAAUUGGGUACUCAGUUUUACCCACAAACUCAUCGAUGCUAAUUUAAUUGAUAGUAUCAAUUUGAUACCUGAAGUACUAUUUGCUGAAGUUAAUUUUAAUUUCUCUCCAUUUUAACAAUCAAACCUUUCAAUAUGUACUGACUCGCUUCGUGAAAUUGUUUUCUUAAAAUUCGUAUUUAUUGAAAGAUUUGAUCUCAUUGAUAAGGGAAUACAUACCUACACACUUAAAUUUCAUUAAAAUUAAUAAAAUUACUUAUUACAUUC